AUGGGUCCAGUACCCCCAAAUGCAUAUCCGCCGGGCAAACGGCUCACUGUUGGCUCCCACUCCGUGACCAUAAUCAAAUAUAUUUCCCAGGGCGGUUUUGCACACGUUUAUACUUGUGAAAUCAACCCGCCUUUUCGGGGCCAAACCGUAGCAUGCUUGAAGCGAGUGGUAGUUCCCAACAAGCUUCAACUCAAUCUUCUACGCCAAGAAGUCGACGCCAUGAAGCGUCUCAAGGGCAAUGACCACAUCGUCUCAUACAUUGAUUCCCAUGCUUCUCGGUUGGUGUCAGCUGGGCAAGUUGGGGCCCCGACGUCGGCGCAGCAGUAUGAAGUGUUUCUACUAAUGGAAUACUGUUCUCGCAAUGGACUCAUUGACUUUAUGAACUCUCGACUCUCGUACAAACUCACCGAGCCGGAAAUCCUCACCAUCAUGAGAGACGUUACCGUUGGAGUUGCAAUGUGCCAUCACCUACGUCCGCCAUUGCUACACCGUGAUAUCAAGAUUGAAAACGUUCUCAUUGAUUCCAAUGGCUCCUACAAGUUGUGUGACUUUGGGCUGGCCGUGCCAUACGCUCCGGUGCCACAGACUCCUCAGGAACUCCAGCUUCUUCAUGACGAUAUAAUGCAUUAUACCACUCCCCAGUACCGGGCUCCCGAGAUGAUAGAUCUUUCACGGGGUUUUCCCAUCGAUGAUAAGCUGGAUAUAUGGGCCUUGGGGUGCUUUCUUUACAAAUUGUGCUACUAUACAACGCCUUUUGAGCUGCCGGGCCAUGCUAGCAUGGCUGACUUGGAACGUCUGAUUCUUCAUUCUUCCACUACCCUCAAGAUUCCCCACGACCAACCGGGCCUGAUAUUUCUGCCUCGUCUCAAGAACAUGAUCAAAUGCUGCUUGCGGGAAGACCCCCGGCGCAGACCUAACGCAGUGCAAUUGCUUCAAGAAGUUUGCGCGAUGAAGAACGAGCCAGUACCCAACGUCUUGCCUUACACAAUGAAGGACAAGUUUUCAAGACUGGAACCCUCGUUGGUGACUCAUACUACAGAACCACAACCGGACCAAAUUCCUGUCAAAAAGGAAAAACCAAAGGAUCCAUUUGCAUCAAUUGACAAAUCCAAGCUUCUCACUACAAAAAGUGAUCUUGAGACCAAAGCACUUCCCCGUCCCCAUUCUACCUAUAUUUCGGCUAGCGUUGCCAAAUCAUCCUCAAGCUCUCGUCCUUUGAGCUACAUUGACUCCACUUCUGCUACCCUGCUCAAAUCAUUCGUGCACUCACAAUUGGGCGAUUCUACAAAUUCCCAUAUAAACGACGGUCCUGGUACACUAGAUUUCCUCCGGAGCAAGGAAGAAGAAAACGCCAAAAGUUUGGGCCUGCGACAAAAUACUGGAGGCAGUUUCCGCCAGUCGUGGAAAGAGGGAAUCAGAAGAAUCAGUACCGGAAGCAGUAGCACUCAUUCGACGGGUUACAAUGGUUCUACGGAAAAGCGCAGUGCGUUUGGAACUAUGAAAAAGGUAUUGACUGGGGGUUCUUUCAGACGUGCAAGUACUAGUCCUGAGGAACCUGAACUGGAAGAAUCUAGCUUGCUGAUACAGAAAAGAAUGGCCAGACUUCUCAACGGCUCCAAUGACCACAAGGUGAAGAAAACUGCCGAAGGAUACGGCAGAUUCACAGACACGAAAGACUUUAUUGAUCUGGAUGAUAUUGAUGCCAUAAAUCGUGCGGAAGCAACGGUUUCAAACCCUAUCGUCAAGAAAAACCAUACCAUCACUAGACGAACGAUCCAGCCUCCUAAAGUCCCCAAGAGUCUAUCGUACGAAAGCUCAAAAAAAACUGAACCGGCAAUGCCUCCUAAGAAACCAGCCAAGAAACCUCCUCCGAAGCCCAAAAAGCCUUCUUUUUUGCAGGAGAAACACAAAAGAACCAGCGUUUCUAGCGACGACAGUUUGGUUCCGGAUAUCGAUGAUCUCGAAAAGCAGUUUGCAAAGCGGUUCCCAAGCUACGUAUGA